AUGUCGAUUCUCUGUUUGUUCCAUGCGAUGAUGAUACUGGGGAUAACAAUGACGAAGACCGCCAGUUCAUGGCCACUACAAAAGGGACACGAAGGAAGCACAACGCAGAAGCUAACACCACCUCAUAUCAAAGUAAGCGGAAAGGCCACCAGCAGGAAACCGGCAGCAAAAGAGCAUUUGCUGGAGACGAAGGAGACGACAGUCGACGAGGGCUCGGUCGCUGGUGCUAGAAAGAGCGCUACCGCUGUGAUAGAGCCAACGAUCAAACGAAUUAAGAUCCCGCAAGAUCUAGAGAAGGACUAG